UGUGGUUUGUCUCCCUCCUCAAGGGGAGUUGUACUCGUCCAAAUGAGGUGUAUAAGGUGUCCUUGGAUAGCUUUUGAAGUCUAUUUUUAUAAUUGAGUGGUCUCUGUUCGAGAGGAGAGGGUAAUCAUCCAAAAAUCGAUCUGGAACGAGCAGUGGUCUGUGAACUCGAGCUGUGAGAGUGCUGAGACUGUUUGGUUGAUAUCUCGAGUUUUACCAAUCCAAUUAAGGCGUGUGAGAUACCAAAAGAAAGCUCUCAAGACGAGGAAUCCGUGAAGGUCUGGUUUGCAUCAAUCGGAGUAGAGGAAGGCUUCCAAAUCGUCCGAGCAGAACGCGACCUCGCAGGGACGGAUUUACUCUUCCAAGAAUCGAGUUAGCCGGAAAACACCCGUUCUAGGGGCUGUUUUCGUAUCAACGAUUAGGGGUUGAAAUAGCAACUUGAGGAGGCUGUUUAGCACCCAUUUCUAAGCAAGGAAUCAGUUCUCAAGCUUCCUUGGCCGAGGCUUUGGUCAUUGGAUCGAGAAGGAAAGUUUUAAAGCUCAUUUGAGGUUGAGGCUAGAGCUUGCUUCCUGUGCUCGUUGCUCGAGAGAUCAUCUAGGAGCGAAGACUUGGUUCGUGCUUCCUCCAUUCGGGUUUUAAACAUUAAUAAACAUGCUCAUGGAUAUUUUACUAUAGAGCCUGCGUGCUCAUGAAUAGCCCGGUGUGGCCUUUUGUUUUAAACAAUGUUUUCCGCUGCGUUAUGAAUUACUUAUUAUGUUUUGUUUAUGGAUGUAUAUGUGUGAAUGAUAUUCAAGACGCCUUGUAUAUUAUGAAUGUGUUGAACUGCGGUUGACUAUUCAUAUUGUACGGCGGGUUGUUGACGCGUCCGGAUAGGUCCGGGGCGUGACAAUUAAGUUGGUAUCAGAGCCUUAGUCCAUAAACUUCAUAAUGAAGUCUCAAAAUUCUCUUUUCAAAAUGAUUUUUGAAAACCAUGAGCAAAAACGUUUUGUACUUAAGAACUUUUGGUGUUUGAGUUGCAAGGUCUCUAAUUGUUAAGAUGGCGCCCUUAACGAUUGGUAUGGCGGUGACUUGGCCCAAGAGAUGUCUUAAGUGCCUAUCUGUCAGUUGACAUUUGAAACGAGUCCAAUGACUCAUUCUAAUUAUUUCUUUCAGCGAUGGUGGGUGAUGGUGGUAUUAUGAAUAGGGAGAACUCGGAAGGGCUUGCAUCGGGUGGAACCGGGCAUGCCAACCGAGAAAAGCCUUUAGGACCAAAGGUGCAUGAAAUUCUUGAAGCUCAAAUCGUGAGUGGUGGUCAUGUUAAGACCAAGGAAGAAUCACCUUGUUAUGGCAAAACUGAACCACUCAAGGCUUCGGGUGACGAAGGAGAUGGUUUGAGUGAUGAGGACCUUGAUAAUGCACCCAUUGAACAAAUGGGCAUGGUCAUAAAUUGGCUUCAACGUGAACGUGCAAGACUUAUACAAAAACGCCAAGCUAGGCAAGCUAAGGACGCACCAUUAGGAAGGAAAAGAAAAUGGGGAGACCACGACCCCCAAGGACAUUCUAGGAGGACAAAUGUUGAGGGUGACAAAACCUUCGGGGUACACACAUUAUCGCUUGGGAGGAGUCGAGGCUCGGGUGGCCAGAACUCGAGGUCAAAAGGUUCGAGAGUACCAAAGUGCACAAAUUGUAAGAAGCACCACCCGGGUAAGUGUUGGGACCCUCCUAGGUGCUACCGAUGCAGAGAGAUUGGGCACACGAAUGCGAAUUGCCCACAACUUAUACCCGACCAAACUUUGGGCUCAAGUAGUACGACUAUAGGCAUACGGAGUCAAGCCGGGGCCUCUCGAGCAAGUAAGGAACAUGGCGGAGCAAGUGUGAGCAACGCGCCGUCCGUGAAUCAAGGGGGGACUCAAGCUAGGGUCUACGCGAUGACGGAGGCGGAUGCUCAAGCUAACCCGGAUUCCGUUGCAGGUUGAGGCUAGAGCUUGCUUCCUGUGCUCGUUGCUCGAGAGAUCAUCUAGGAGCGAAGACUUGGUUCGUGCUUCCUCCAUUCGGGUUUUAAACAUUAAUAAACAUGCUCAUGGAUAUUUUACUAUAGAGCCUGCGUGCUCAUGAAUAGCCCGGUGUGGCCUUUUGUUUUAAACAAUGUUUUCCGCUACGUUAUGAAUUACUUAUUAUGUUUUGUUUAUGGAUGUAUAUGUGUGAAUGAUAUUCAAGACGCCUUGUAUAUUAUGAAUGUGUUGAACUGCGGUUGACUAUUCAUAUUGUACGGCGGGUUGUUGACGCGUCCGGAUAGGUCCGGGGCGUGACAAUAUUUGUUACUACACUUUGACUUGCAAACUCAAGGCAGUUAAUAAUAGUGUUAUCAGAAGGCAAGGAUCUAUGUAUAGCAUGUGCUCAUCAUAUUCCGGUAUGCUAGCCCAUGUCAUCUAAAUCGCAGAGAAGUGUGCUUCCGAUUAUGGUUACUAUCUUGCUCAGGCCACACAUUAUCUUUCAUAGAUGCUCUUGAUUGUAAAUUCUUUAUGAUACUUGUUAUAAAAUGUUAUAAAAGAGGAACUUUCCCCAGAUUAAUAAUACUUUUCAAUUUAAGCAUAUUUUCCAUUAAGAGAUGGUGGAAUUCAUUGAAAGUUUAAUUAAAUCAAAUCAUUCCAGUUUGUUACUAUCAUCUAUCAGAUGUAUUGGGAAAAUGAGAAGAGCUGAUCAUGAAGCUGCUAUUUCUGCAGGACUCCAGUCUAUCCUUGUGGCUUUUAGUUGCACUGAAGUUUCAGGUGCAUAAUAGAAGUACAUGGAGAUGAUAAUUAAACUAAGAAGAUCAACUAAGUCAUGAGGACAUGAGAGACAAUUAUAAUGGAUUCUACAUUAAGAUGCUGCAUGCAUAUACAAGGCAGAAAAAAUGUGAUCAAGCAAGGCCAAAUAAU